AUGCUCGCUGCGAGGCAAUUGGAAAGCGCGUUUUCGGUUGUGCAAUGGGUACUUCCAUUGAAGAAUGUGUCCAGCACCCGAAGCUGUGUUGGUUUGGACAUGUGUUACGUAUGCCGUCACGAAGAGACUGGACCUUACCGUGCUGGUUCUUUCGAGAGACUCACCUGGAACCCAGCUGAAUCUCUCGUUUGUGAUGUUCUCAGGCAACUGAAUGUGCUGCACCAGGCCGCCUCAUGUUUCAGUCGCAACGAUAUUCCAGAUGUCGUGAUACAUGUAUAUAUUUGUAAUGUACUACUCAUAAGGUUGCUGAAAAUCCGUCGACAGCCCACUACCGGAUUCGCCCUUUUUGGGGCUCAUCAGGUCUGA